ACUACUGCUGUAGGGUCGACGAAUAAUCGGAGAUGAAGGAGAAAGAUGGACAUUUAACAGAGCUUUUACAAGUGGACCUGUAACUCGGCGAAAGCGCCAGUGUUUUUUUUGUAAACUCACCGCCCGGCGAGUGUUAUAUGAAGACUCGCCGAGGACGUGCUUUAACCGCAGUAAGUGAGCGUAGGGAGAGCCGGGGAGGGCUGUAGCUGCUGGGGUUUCUUUUGGAGAGGGAAAACAACAUGGCUGCGGUGGAGCUCGAAUGGAUCCCAGAAACACUGUACAACACCGCUAUCUCGGCUGUGGUGGACAACUACAGUCGGUCAAGAAGGGACAUACGCUCGCUCCCGGAGAAUAUACAGUUUGAUGUCUAUUAUAAGCUUUACCAGCAGGGCCGGCUCUGCCAGCUGGGAGGAGAGUUCUGUGAGCUGGAGGUGUUUGCUAAAGUGCUGCGGGCUUCAGACAAAAGACACCUCCUGCACCACUGCUUCCAGGCCCUGAUGGACCACGGUGUGAAAGUGGCCUCAGUCCUGGCGAACUCCUUCAGCCGCCGCUGCUCCUACAUCGCAGAGUCUGACGCCCACGUCAAGGAAAAGGCCAUCCAGUUCGGCUUCGUACUGGGGGGCUUCUUGUCUGAUGCCGGCUGGUAUGGAGAUGCUGAGAAAGUGUUUCUGUCGUGCCUGCAGCUCUGCACACUCCACAGCGAGGUCCUCCACUGCUUCCGGGCUGUGGAAUGCUGUGUCAGGCUGCUUCAUGUCCGCAAUGGUAACUGUAAGUACCACCUGGGGGAGGAGACCUUCAAGCUUGCUCAGUCUUAUAUGGACAAAUUAGCCAAACACGGCCACCAGGCCAACAAGGCGGCGCUGUACGGCGAGCUCUGUGCCUUGCUCUUCGCCAAAAGCCACUACGAUGAGGCAUACAGGUGGUGUAUAGAGGCCAUGAAGGAAAUUACUCCAGGGCUGCCUGUUAAAGUAGUGGUCGAUGUCCUCCGGCAAGCCUCAAAGGCCUGCGUGGUGAAGAGAGAGUUCAGAAAAGCAGAACAGCUGAUCAAACAUGCAGUGUUUCUAGCAAGAGAACACUUUGGACACAAGCAUCCCAAGUACUCGGACACGCUGCUAGAUUAUGGAUUUUACUUAUUAAAUGUAGAUAACAUAUGCCAAUCAGUUGCUAUUUACCAGACGGCGCUGGAUAUCCGACAGUCUGUGUUCGGAGGGAAGAACAUCCACGUGGCCACGGCCCAUGAAGACCUGGCCUACUCCUCAUACGUGCACCAGUACAGCUCUGGGAAAUUCGACAACGCUCUAUUCCAUGCAGAACGUGCCAUAGACAUCAUAACUCACAUUCUGCCUGAGGACCAUCUGCUGCUGGCCUCCUCCAAGAGAGUCAAAGCUUUGAUUCUGGAAGAAAUAGCGAUCGACUGCCACAAUAAGGAGACAGAAGAGCGCCUCCUCCAGGAAGCUCACGACCUGCACCUCUCCUCUCUGCAGCUGGCCAAGAAGGCCUUCGGAGAGUUUAACGUCCAGACAGCCAAACACUACGGCAACCUAGGACGACUCUACCAGUCCAUGAGGAAGUUCAAGGAGGCAGAGGAGAUGCACAUCAAAGCCAUCCAGAUUAAGGAGCAGCUUCUGGGCCAUGAGGACUACGAGGUGGCUCUGUCUGUGGGCCACCUGGCCUCCCUCUACAACUACGACAUGAACCAGUAUGAUGACGCAGAGAGGCUCUACCUGCGCUCCAUCGCUAUCGGUAAGAAGCUGUUUGGAGAGGGCUACAGCGGGCUGGAGUACGACUACAGAGGCCUCAUCAAGCUCUACAACUCAGUGGGGAACUACGAGAAGGUGUUUGAAUACCACAACGUACUGUCCAACUGGAACCGGCUGAGGGACCGGCAGUUUGCCGUGGCAGACGCCCUGGAGGACGUCAACACUACCCCCCAGCAGACCCAGGAGGUGGUACAAGCUUUCCUAUUGGCUCAGAGCCUGGGCCCCACCCGCCCCUGUCUCGGCUGAUUUUUAUGAGGGUAGAGGAGAAAGAGAGAGAAAAGAAAAAAGAAAGACACAUGGGUUUAAGCCCAGAAAGGACACGAAAUAAGCCCAAAUGUGAUGCUUCAGUUGCACACUCACACAUACACACACACACACAGACACACACACAGACUUAAUUAGUAAUACACAGUAAAUUCAAGCAUCACCGGCACAGUCAGCUGGCUUUACAGUCACUGCGGCUGCCAGUACACACACACACACACACACACACACACACACACACACACAAACAUACACACAUUUAGCUGUGGAAAAAAAAGAAGAAAAGAUAGAGAAGACACCGUUAUCAAACCUCAUCGACACCCACAAAAACCACCGAGACGUGACUCCAGACCGGAUGCAGCUUCACAACCCACAGAGCAGACUGUUGCAUUUCUCCAAGAGAAAGAGGACAAAUAACUGAUGGA